AUGGCGGAGCCCUCGGCGCUGGAGAGCAAGCCCAAGGCGUCGGCGGGCGGCGGCGGCGGCGGCGGCGGGCGGGCCGGCUCCAAGGCGGGCGGGCCGGGGCCGGGCCCCGCGCCGCUGGCGGGCGGGCUGUCGCAGCCGGCCGGCUGGCAGUCGCUGCUCUCCUUCACCAUCCUCUUCCUGGCCUGGCUGGCCGGCUUCAGCUCGCGCCUCUUCGCCGUCAUCCGCUUCGAGAGCAUCAUCCACGAGUUCGACCCCUGGUUUAACUAUAGAUCAACACAUCAUCUUGCAUCCCAUGGGUUCUAUGAAUUUUUAAAUUGGUUUGAUGAAAGAGCAUGGUAUCCACUAGGAAGAAUAGUAGGUGGGACUGUCUACCCAGGGUUGAUGGUGACAGCUGGCCUUAUACAUUGGAUUUUAAAUAUGCUGAAUAUAACUGUUCACAUAAGAGAUGUGUGUGUGUUCCUAGCACCAAUUUUUAGCGGCCUUACAUCUAUUUCUACUUUCCUGCUCACCAGAGAACUGUGGAACCAAGGAGCAGGGCUUUUAGCGGCCUGCUUCAUUGCAAUUGUGCCAGGCUACAUCUCUCGUUCAGUAGCUGGAUCCUUUGAUAAUGAAGGCAUAGCCAUUUUUGCUCUGCAGUUCACAUACUACUUAUGGGUGAAAUCUGUAAAAACCGGAUCAGUUUCUUGGACAAUAUGCUGCUGCUUAUCCUACUUCUAUAUGGUCUCUGCAUGGGGCGGCUAUGUGUUUAUUAUAAAUCUUAUUCCACUGCAUGUCUUUGUGUUAUUGCUGAUGCAGAGAUACAGCAAGAGGGUCUACAUAGCAUAUAGCACUUUCUACAUCGUGGGUCUCAUACUGUCCAUGCAAAUUCCUUUUGUGGGAUUCCAGCCAAUCAGGACAAGUGAACACAUGGCCGCCGCAGGUGUCUUUGCACUGAUCCAGGCAUAUGCCUUCCUCCAGUAUCUCAGAGACAGACUGACAAAGCAGGAGUUUCAGACCCUUUUCUUCCUGGGAGUGUCCCUCGCUGCAGGGGCUGUGUUCCUGAGCGUGAUCUACUUGACUUACACCGGUUAUAUUGCACCAUGGAGUGGCAGAUUUUAUUCACUGUGGGACACUGGGUAUGCAAAAAUACACAUUCCAAUCAUUGCCUCAGUAUCUGAACACCAGCCUACAACAUGGGUAUCCUUCUUCUUUGAUCUCCACAUUCUCGUGUGCACCUUCCCCGCAGGCCUCUGGUUUUGUAUCAAAAAUAUCAACGAUGAAAGAGUGUUUGUGGCUCUAUAUGCAAUCAGCGCCGUCUAUUUUGCUGGGGUGAUGGUACGCCUGAUGUUGACUUUGACCCCGGUGGUCUGCAUGCUCUCUGCGAUCGCCUUCUCCAAUGUCUUCGAGCACUAUCUGGGGGAUGACCUGAAAAGGGAAAACCCACCCGUGGAAGACAGCAGUGACGAAGACGACAAAAGAAACCCAGGAAACUUAUAUGACAAGGCAGGAAAAGUGAGGAAACACGUAUCUGAGCAGGAGAAAACCGAAGAAGGCUUGGGGCCCAACAUCAAAAGCAUCGUCACCAUGCUGAUGCUGAUGCUGUUAAUGAUGUUUGCCGUUCACUGUACGUGGGUAACGAGCAACGCUUACUCCAGCCCCAGCAUAGUGCUGGCCUCUUACAACCAUGACGGCACCAGGAACAUACUGGACGAUUUCCGAGAAGCGUAUUAUUGGUUAAGGCAGAACACCGACGAACACGCUCGAGUGAUGUCUUGGUGGGAUUAUGGCUACCAGAUCGCCGGCAUGGCCAACAGGACGACGCUGGUCGACAACAACACAUGGAAUAAUAGCCACAUUGCACUGGUCGGGAAAGCCAUGUCUUCAAAUGAAACAGCUGCUUAUAAAAUCAUGAGGAGCCUGGAUGUAGAUUAUGUUUUGAUUAUUUUUGGAGGAGUCAUUGGUUAUUCUGGUGAUGAUAUCAAUAAGUUUCUCUGGAUGGUCAGAAUAGCUGAAGGGGAGCAUCCGAAAGACAUUCGGGAAAGUGACUACUUCACCCCACAGGGAGAGUUUCGGGUAGACAAGGCAGGGUCUCCGACCUUACUGAACUGCCUCAUGUAUAAAAUGUCAUAUUACAGAUUUGGAGAAAUGCAGCUGGAUUUUCGGACGCCCCCGGGUUUUGACCGAACACGUAACGCUGAGAUUGGCAACAAGGACAUUAAAUUCAAACAUUUGGAAGAAGCCUUUACGUCCGAGCACUGGCUUGUUAGGAUAUACAAGGUGAAGCAGCUGCAGAACCGGGAGACCCUGGACCACAAGCCUAGAGUAACCAACAUUUUGUCCAAACAGAAGUAUUUGUCAAAGAAGACCACCAAGAGGAAGCGUGGCUACAUCAAAAAUAAACUACUUUUAAAGAAAGGCAAGAGGCCCACCAAGAAGACUGUUUAAAAGAGACUGUUGCGAGCGCUGAUUGCGAGCAGUUGUCCUCGAGAUAACCAGUCUUUGCCUUGAGCUCCAGUCAUGUUUCACAACGACAUGAGGGUACAGAACCAUCACUGGUCCAGAUUCAUGUACUAAAUUUUCAGGCAAUGUCUGAUUUAAAACUAUUGGCUUAUUGAGAACAGCUGUUUUAGAUUUGUAAUGUGAAGCAAGACCGAGCACUGCUGUGAAUGUCUAGCAGCAGGUUUGAUUUUUUUAUUGGUACAUACUCUCUUUCCACGCCAAGAAUUUGGACUUAACUGCACCAAAGAACCCUCGAAUCUGGUCCCUGGCACAUGCAAAUUUGUCCGUUUUUCUUCUUUUUUAAUUCUUUUACAAGACCUGCACUUCCUCUGAGACACCUAAACAGCAAUAUGUAGAAUGCAGAUUGUAAAUUGGGAUGAGUUUUUUACACAAUCAGGAAAUGAGUUACAGAUCUGAAAACAGCUAUUAGAAACUGGGAUGCCCUUGGAUAAUAUUGAUUUCCAUGUUUCUCGAUGUAAAGAAUGUUUCAUCAAAUGCACACUUUUCUGUUUCUCUGAGGGUUUGCUCUGUCCACAAAGAAGCUGCUGCCAUUCCCACCACACACGCGUCAUUUUUUACGUCGACGUCAAGGCGAUUGGUGGCGGUGGCGCCUUCCUUGGGGUCCCAACAGGGCAGCUACUGUGCAUGCUGUUCACUCAAGGGCUAAAUUGGUAUCGUUUGGCAGUUCUAGAAAUUGCACCGAGGACGCUGUGCAAAAGAACCUUAUUGAACUCUUGACACAAGAAAACAGAGGGGGAAAAGGCUUAUUCUAAAAGUUUCCGAUGUCCAUACAUCCCUUGUGUAUGUGUGACUCCCACCUCACGACUGGCCCAGGGUGAACAUCCCUCCCUCAGAGGCUCCGACAUUUGAUGAAACACUCUGACUUUAGCGAGGUGCUCCUUACUUCAUUUAAAAAUUGUGACAGGUCCGUCCAAGACACACGCUCACACCUAGUGGGUAUGGGACACGUGCCCUUACCUGCUCCCGGCAGCUUGAGGAGGAAGAUGUGGAGUUCUCUGCAGCCCUUGGAAGAAAGUGCUUCCUACCACAAGCUGUCCCAGUUGGGGGGUUUUAUACAUAUCUAUAUUAAAAAAAUUAUAACUUACACCACUGCUUUUGGUGGAACAUGAGGAAUAGUAUGUACCUUUUAUGAAGAAAAAUGUAAUUUACAACCUUCAGUGAGAAUGUUACUGCUGAUUUUCCUUCCUAAAAUGUAGAAUGUUUGGUUUUUUUGGGUUUUUUUUUUGGUUUUGUUUUCGAUUUAUAAAAACUCAUUUUUGACCCUGAUGGUUCUUUUACAGACCAACAAAAAUGACUGUAACAUUUUCACAAAAUAAAAACAAAUAGAUCUGGAUUUCUGA